UAUUUCAAAGAAACGAACUGUCGAACCAUUCAUAAACAAAUCGAAAUUUUGCGCAUUUUCUCUGUCUCCUCUAUUGGAUUUUUUUUCGCUAAAAGCUGCCAAGGAAAUGUUUUCUCGAUUCCGGAGCUGGUUUGCCAAGCAGCGGAACAGGUGCAACAAUUGCGCCCGGUGCUAUUAUGCAUCAGCACGGUCGGAAUGCACAGGAUCGGCCGAAUUUACUGACGCAGUAAACUGGACUCCCGGAACACGUCAACACAGCCUACCCAGACCGCUGUUUAGCAGCUUCUGGUCCGAGCGAAACAUAAACGAAGCAGUGGAGCAAGCAUUUUUGAAACAGUUCCUCAAGGAGCAUGGGCUGUACAAUAAGCAUCAAACCAUUGAGCAGCGUCGACGGUUGAAGCAACUACUCGAACUAGAGCAGCGCACAUUACUGUUGUACAGCGAGCAGUACAAUGCACGACCGGUUGAUGAUGAGGUUAUGUCCGGGGUGCACUCACUGCAGCUAACCACGCAAAGCAACACCACAAGUCGGACCUGUUCGGUUGAGCUUCAUUCGAUGCCAUUCCCCAGCCCCGAUCCGACACCCGACACUGGUUUGAGCUCCGUUGGGUCACGUCGAUUCUCCUCCUUGCCGGCGCUUGCAUUGGGUGCGAUGGAUCUUCCGCCGGAUGAAGUCACAGCUUCGCAUCCAACCGUCGCGCAGGAAGUGCAGGCAACGAAACGAUGGGAACGAAUUCUUGUGUGGAAAAUGGUCGUCCAGGGCGAUGCUCCGCCAUACUUAGAGACGGAGGUUUAAGCGACAGGGAGCCGGUUCGGUUGGGAAAAGGAAUGAAAAUAUCUCGAUUUAAGUGAAACAUUGUUGCGGCUUUGCAAAAACGUAUCCGUAUGGGCGUUAAACUACUGUGAAACAAUAAUCAAAAUCAUGUACUGAACAGAAAAUCGCAUCUCCCAUCCAUUCAUUCUUACAUCAUAUGCAUACGGAGAAAGGGAAGUUCAAUGUUCAUUAUCAAAUGCCCUGUCCCGUAGUUGUCGGCGAUAAAGUAUUAUUAAACGGCUCGCCUACAAAGACAAACCUGAUAGCAAUUAUCUUUCCAAGUCAAAACAUAAACCUGCCCCAGAGCCUCGGCCCCUCGAUGCCCCAGCGUGUGGCAUGUCGAUAUUCAGUAAGCGGAGUGCGCGAUCUCUAUUAUUUACAGCAACGUUGUAGUUACAUUUACCGCCUCCCCCAGGCCGGUUACGAGACAUGGAGAACCUAGAACCUCUCGGGGCCAGUUCGCACCAGCAUCAUCUUAAUCAUCACCGUCAUCACGGCUAGUUGAUGGUGUGUGUGUGUGUGUCCAGGGCAUCGUAAGGCACCGACGCGAUCGACCAGUCAUGACCAUAACUCGGAACAACAAGGCCGUGCUCUUGUCCCACAGUCGGAACGAUUCACCCGCAACCUUCGCCCCACUGAUGAUCGGCAAGGGUAAGCACACAAUGCGUGUGUGUUGUUGCAGUUGCAUGGGAGUGUGCGAAACAGGCGCCGGAUAAAGCUAGAUAACGAUGAAAAUGGCACGAGAAGGCAAAACGUGCGUGACUUCGGAAGGCGUUAGACUGGCUAAGGAAUUGAUGAUAAUGGGGCUUUUGUGUGUGUGAGUGUGUGUGUGUUUCGGUAUGUGUCCGCGCGUUAUAGAGUCGGGUUGCCGUUACGAUUCGCCUUCCAGUUCGCAGUUCAUCAGCAAGCUUCGUACGCUGUUGUUCGUUCGUUCGUUGUUGGCGCGCGUCGUUAUUGCUCGGUAACACCCUCUCCCCAUCCGUCUACAGAGCCAUGGCCUCCUAUCUGGAGGAUUUAGUCGACUAUUUCCUCAGCAGCUCGGCGCUCGUAACCUACUGGAACUACAUCUUCCCCGUGCUGGUGGGUCUGUAUCUGGCGAUCUCCCUGUACGACAAGCAUCGGUACGGACGGAACAAGAAGCUGAGAAUUACGGAACCGGCGGCAACAGAGAAGAAUGGCAGCAAGCUGGACGGUAUCGAGUAUGUUGGAGAUCUGGAACAUGCUGACUACGACCCACUGCCUGCACUGGAGGAAAAACCACACAUCCCGUACGCCGGUGCAACGGUCACACUAGCCCAGGACCCAUUAGAGGCAGCCGAAAGGUUCUACGCCAUCGCCAACAAUCGGCGCAGUGUGCGCAAGUUUAGCUCCCGCCCGGUGGACGUGGCCAUCGUGGAGCGGUGCAUCCGGGCGGCCGGUACAGCGCCAAGCGGUGCCCACACCGAACCGUGGACCUUCUGUCUCGUGUCCGACCCUUCGAUCAAGGCGAGUGUGCGCGAGAUCAUCGAGGCCGAGGAGUUCGUCAACUACACGCAGCGAAUGGCCAAACAGUGGGUGACCGAUCUGCGGCCCAUUCGUACGAACCACGUGAAGGAGUACCUGACCGAGGCGCCCCAUCUGGUGCUGGUGUUCAAGCAGACGUACGGCUACAAGGUGGAUGGGGACGCCACGGCCAAAAAGCAGCACUACUACAACGAAAUAUCGACCUCGAUCGCGACCGGCAUGCUGCUGUGCGCGUUCCAGUGUGCCGGGUUGAGCUCGCUCGUUACCACGCCGCUCAACUGUGGCCCUGCCCUGCGCACCCUGCUCGAGCGGCCACCGAACGAGAAGCUGCUGGUGCUGCUGCCCGUCGGCUACCCGGCGGACGACUGUACCGUGCCGGAUCUGCAGCGGAAACCGCUGGAAGACAUCCUGGUGCGCUAUUGACGAUGAAAGCCGGCAAGCGCUCUCUUUCUCUCUUUCUUCCUGCUGGAAGCGGUUGUUAAUGAAAUGGAAAGCGAUAGGGAGGUGCACUGGUGCACGACGGACCGAAUGCACAGACUGGAGAAGGUGAUAAAGCUGGAUAACAGCGUGCGAUAAUAGCUGCUGUGCUAAUAUCCGCUGGAUUAGUGGGCAGUGCCGCGGCUAGCAAUAAACAAAAACCAGCUGCAAUCUCCCGUCCAAGAUAGAUAGCAAGCGAUUUUGUGGUCAGUUUGAAGAUAAAGUUUUAUUUUGUGUAUAAAUAAAAUCAAUUUACUCGUAGUAACACGCA